AUGGAGAGCUAUUACCCCUCCGACAACAAUGAUGCUCAUUUGCCUCCCGGCUUUCGCUUCCACCCCACAGACGAAGAACUCAUCACGUACUACCUCCUCAAGAAAGUCCUUGACAAUAGCUUCACUGGUAGAGCCAUAGCUGAAGUUGAUCUCAACAAAUGUGAGCCAUGGGAGCUUCCAGAGAAAGCGAAGAUGGGAGAGAAGGAGUGGUACUUCUUUAGCUUGAGAGAUAGGAAGUACCCAACUGGGCUAAGAACUAAUAGGGCUACAGAAGCAGGAUACUGGAAGGCCACUGGGAAAGACAGAGAAAUCUACAGCUCAAAGACUAGCGCUUUAGUGGGGAUGAAGAAGACUCUUGUGUUUUACAGAGGAAGAGCUCCAAAAGGCGAGAAGAGCAACUGGGUUAUGCACGAGUAUCGCCUUGAAGGCAAAUUUGCCUACCAUUACCUCUCUCGCUCCUCCAAGGAUGAGUGGGUCAUUUCCCGGGUGUUCCAGAAGAGUGGCUCCGGCAACGGCGGCUCCGCCACCAUAUCGUCAUCUUGCAGUGGCUCGAAGAAGACCCGAAACAUCAUGAGCUCUUCUUCUAACUUGAGUCUCUACACAGCUGAGCCCAGUUCUCCCUCCUCCGUUUACCUUCCGCCUCUACUUGAUUCCUCACCGUUCACGGCCGCCGCCGCCAGUAGCACCGCCGCAGUCAACGAUCGUGACAGUUGCUCUAACACUUACGACAGCCUGAAUACCUCAAGAGAGCACGUGUCCUGUUUCUCCACAAUCUCUGCCGCCGCCAGCAACAACUACAGCUUUGACCUGUCCGCCGCGCCGCUGUCUGUUACGGUGGACCCCUUGGCUCGUUUUCAGAGAAACGGGGGCAUUUCCUUCCCAAGCCUGAGGGCGCUGCAUCUGCAAGACAACCUUCAGCUUCCCUUCCUUAUCCCGCCCCCGCCGCCGCCGCAGCAGCAGCAGCCCUUCCAGGGCGUUCCCGUCAACAUGAAUUGGAUUACACCGGUUGACGAUCAGAGGGUGGCGGACGUUAGCUCCGGCAUGACCAGUUUGGGUGGCUCCGAGCUUGAUUGCAUGUGGGGAUUCUAA